UAUAAGAUGGGAACUGAAGCGCCGCGAUCCCAUCACCGGCUGUCACUUUCACCAGGAAAAAUACGUGGGACAAGGCAUGUUGCGCGAGCUCAUGGAGACAUGGUACAACAUGUCAUAUAUCGACGAAGAUCUCAUCGCCAGAGUGGACUUGAGGGAUUACUUCAGCCGAGACAAGUGGGGCCUUGGUAUCCGGCCAUUCGACCAUCUUCGCAGCAUAUGCAUCGUGAUCAAAGAAGAAGACUUUCAUCUCCAAAGCGUUUCUGACAACUUCACUAGCUUGCUCGAAGUCAAGCAUAACGCCGAACUCAAUGUUGUCGUUAAACCCUUGUUCAGACACAACGAACCACCGUAUACAAUGGGCUCCUGCGGGAGACAGACUUGCAGACAAGCUAUGAUGAUCUUCUUCUGUAAAAAGAAGAAUGAUAUCGCUUCGUUUUUCAGAAACAUGCGACCAUUGUACUUCGUACUUCGCCAGCUCAAGGUUGCCAAUUGGUCAGUUCAGGUUCACUUCUCCAUCUCCUUUGGCCCGACAGUAUUGCUCUAUGGGUGUGACAGUUGUACCGAGUUCUCUCUGGACGCCUGGUUACUUCUCGUUUUGAACAAGAAACGCGAAUAUAUAGAGCAAGGCAAACUUUGUCGAUGUCGCACCGACGGGCCCGAGCGCAAGGGUGAGCAUGGAAGCUUGGAUGUUGACGAGGAUGAAGACUGAGAGCAAACGGAGGAUGCUUCUACUCAACUUUCAUGACACUUUGGGUACCAUAAGCUGG